AUGGUUCAUCUUGCCAAGAUCAAAAAUGACAGCGAAGUUGGAAAGCCACCUGCAAAGGAAUUUUCAGAGCUUUCGCUCGAGGCACCAGGCGACGACGAUUUCUCCACGUCUGUGUACGGGUCGAAAUUUGCCGCCGAAGACCUUCCCUCGCAUGAGAUGCCAGAGAAGGAAAUGCCAAAAGAAGUUGCUUACAGAAUGAUCAAAGAUGAUUUGAGCUUGGAUGUCUGGCUAGCUUCGUCACGACAUACAUGGUCCGAAGACGAAGCGGAGAAGUUGAUGACGGAAGCUUUCUCGAAGAACUUCAUAGACUACGAGGAAUAUCCGCAAACUGCUGAAAUCCAGAACCGCUGCAUCAAUAUGAUCGCCCGCUUGUUCAAUGCUCCAACGCACGAUGACAGUGAGCACGCCAUAGGCACAUCUACUGUAGGCUCGUCAGAGGCUAUCAUGCUUGGUACUUUGGCUAUGAAGAAGCGCUGGCAAAACAAGCGUAAGGCUAAAGGCGAGGAUUGGCACCACCCAAACAUCGUCAUGAACGCUGCUGUACAAGUCUGCUGGGAGAAGGCUGCCAGAUACUUCGACAUCGAGGAAAAAUAUGUCUUCUGUACGGAAGACCGCUAUGUGAUGGAUCCAGAAGAGGCUGUCAAGCUGAUCGAUGAAAAUACUAUCGGAAUAUGUGCACUGCUUGGUAGUACUUAUACUGGUGAGUAUGAAGAUGUAAAGAGACUGAAUGACCUUCUUGUGGAGAAGAACAUUGACUGCCCCAUUCAUGUCGAUGCAGCAUCUGGCGGCUUUGUGGCUCCCUUCGUCGACCCGGACUUGCAAUGGGAUUUCCGUCUUGAGAAGGUGGUGAGCAUCAAUGUGAGCGGGCACAAGUACGGGCUUGUAUAUCCCGGGGUCGGUUGGGCUAUAUGGCGCUCGGCUGAGUUCCUCCCCACCGAACUUGUCUUCAAUAUCAACUACCUUGGAGCUGACCAAGCCUCCUUCACUCUCAAUUUCUCAAAGGGUGCAAGUCAAGUUAUCGGCCAGUACUACCAAAUGAUCAGACUUGGCAAGCGAGGAUAUCGAAGUAUCAUGCUGAAUCUGACUCGAACUGCUGACUAUCUCUCGGCACAGCUGAAGAGCCUGGGUUUCAUCAUCAUGUCUAAAGGUGCAGGGAAAGGAUUGCCAGUGGUCGCCUUCCGACUAAGCCAAACCAACGAGGACGUAUUUUAUGAUGAGUUUACCAUUGCGCAUCAAUUGCGCGAACGAGGCUGGAUAGUUCCCGCGUACACCAUGGCGCCACACAGCGAGAAGUUGAAGCUCAUGAGGAUUGUGGUUCGAGAAGACUUCUCCAGAAACAGGUGCGACAGUUUGGUGGCAGAUAUCAAACAGGCUCUGAAGACUCUGGAGGAGAUGGAUAAAAAGACAAUGGAGAUUUACGAGAAUCACGUCAAGAAGAAUACCAGUACUGUUGGCAAAGCGACUCACAACCAUCCAAAGUAUAGGCGCGAGAAACAUUCCCUGCAAGGCAAACAUGGCAAGACACAUGCUGUGUGCUAG